UUUACAGGAACAGAAACCGAUUUUUUCGCUGGACAUCGUGCUUGUCCCUGCUUGGAAGGACAUUACCGAACUCAUCUCUUCAAAAAGUGUUUUACAUGUGGCCAAAGCGGGCUGCAAUGCCAAGAUGAGUAUGCCUCACUAAAAUAUGGCUUUUGGUGGCAAUGGCGGAACGAGUCCCAUAAACAUCGCUAUGAAUAUUUCAUGAAAAAUCUCGCCCGAGAGUUACCUGCAUUGGAUGAUUUCUCAGUGCAAUAUCCUUAUGCAAUACCAACACCACACAGAUGUCAGGUAGAGGAGUCUUGCAAAGGUGGUUUGGACUCACCAUGCGGAGAAGGGUAUCAAGGUCCACUUUGCGCUGUAUGCAAUCCAGGGUACCACAAACAAUUUCACUCUUGUGAAAAAUGUCCUUCAUGGGCCUGGAUCGCAGGACAGUUAUCUCUCAUUGCUGCUAUUAUAGCGAUAUUGUUGGCCCUUUUAGUAUGGAGAAAGAAAAAUAAUCUUUCAAUGGACCGGGGACUCUCUCGUUUUGACAAUUUGUUGUCAAAGCUUAAGAUCAUGAUUGGUUUUUAUCAAGUCACUCAUGGCUUGCUAGACGUGUUCUCGUUCAUUGAAUGGCCAGGUUCAUUGCAGGUUGUGUCCAAGUAUUCAGGAAUUUUACAGAUGAAUCUGCUUCAGGUAGCACCGAUUCACUGCCUUAAUCACAAUUUACACGUGGAUGCCUUUGGAGAUUUGUUUGUGCUCUUGUCAAUGAACGCCGUUGUUAUUGUUGGUUCGUGUGUGAUCUAUGGUUUUUGGUAUAUAAUGAUCUCAAAAAAACAGGGCCUGGAGGAGGACGAAAGGGCACAAACAAUUUCACAGAGGAAAGUUCUUAUUUACAGAAACGUUUUUUUCUUCCUGUACGUGACAUACCUAAGCACUUGUUCAAGGACAGCCAGUGUUAUGCCGUUCGCCUGCCAGAAACUCUGCAAAGAUAAAAGAGAAGAGUUAUGUGACGAGUACCUGAAAGUAGAUUACAGCAUAAAAUGCCAAGGAGCAAAUUACAAUCAUCUUGUGAUCGUAGCUUAUGUUUCAGCUGCAUACAUCAUUGCUUUACCUGCUCUUUCUCUCGUCGCCCUUUGGAGGCAUCGGCGAACAAUCAUAACCAAGAAGGACCGUGAUAAUUUCUCUGGUCCAGAAGUUGUCAACGGAUUGCGAUUUCUCUUCGAAAAUUACAAACCUCGUUCCUGGUAUUGGGAACUGGUUGAAAUGUCCCGCAAGUUCAUUCUUACAUGCGGCCUCAUUCUCGUGGGUCAAGAAAGCAGAUCCUUCACUGGAUUGGCCUGGGUUGUUGCCGGUAUGUAUGCAGUGCUUUUCUGCUGGAUCAAGCCCAUGCAAGACACUUUUGAGAACAGACUGAUGUCCACUUCCCUUGCCGUUACAAUUGUAAACUUGGCUAUUGGCGCUGUGAGCAGAAUUCCGGCAGAGAACAUUUUAAACAUGGCGGACCAUCAGAAGGACGCUUUGGCAAUGAAAAUACUGAUUAUUGGGGCAAAUACGUUGGUGAUUGGCCUUCUUGCUGGUAAGAUAAAUAUGAGUUUGAUGGGAAAAAAACUUAACUGCAACUUUUAUCUGUUACUUUGUAUUUCUGUAAUUCCAUUUUAUGAAAUAUUAACCACACAAGUGUCAUAUCACUCACAUUAAAGAUAACCUUAUCGUAUCUUGAAUUUAUCUGAACAGUAACUAAACAUUAAACUUAAUGAAACGCUCAAUAGGGAUUUAGUCUCUCUAUAGGAGCUCAAUUGAUUUGGUUAACAACUGAAACUACGUAAUUGGUUAAGGUUUAUCGUUAAACAGGGAAAUUUCAAUUCUUUCAUCCUUCAUUUUCUUCUUAGUUCAGUACCUGGCAUUCUUACAUCAGUUCUUCAAAGAGUGGCGCAAAAAUCCAAAAUGGUCCUUGUCUUGCUGCCUAGCCUUGCUUCUUCCACUUAAUGACCUUCAAGGUGAGAUUCGUGGAAUGGUUGGCAAAAACAUGCUUAAAACACAACUUCAGUCAGGGAUCAUUGGGAAGCCCUCCAUUGCGGCCAGUGCAAAAGAUAGUGGAGCAUUAAGUUUUUCUCCAACCCAUGAAGACAGUGAAAGACAAGAAAGAAGUUCAGUAAAAUCCAGGGUAACCAGAUGCAGCAACACUAAAUGUGACCGUGGGACACAAACAGAAAUAAUCGCACCGGUAUCUACCACUACCGCUGAACAUGCACAGGCAUCAUGGAAAGCGUGCCAGCAGAUAACCAUGUGAGUACAUGGCUAGUAAUUCCUGUUUUCGUUUGUUUGUUUGUUUUUGUGUUUUGGGUGAUGGCGAUGUUGUUUCAGAGAUAUCGUCCACUUUAAUGGUCUAAUAAAUCUCUUGAGAAGCGAAAAGUGUCAUCCUAAUACAAAGUCGUCUCCCUUACUCUUAGAAUUGACCUACAUAUUAUAAUAAUAAGUUAUGCAACUUCUUCCAGACUAUAAGCCGACUGACCUCUUUAUUUUGUUUGUGAAAGAGAUGAACAAGCUAAGAGUGAAAUUUUUUCACACUUGUACAUCUAUAGGAUCUGCCAACCUGUAUUCUUGGUUAGUCGUAGACAUACGAUAUGUUGGUGAUCCUUCAUUUGAAGAAAAAUAUAAUGAUCUCUCUAAUUUGUGAUAUAGAUUUAAUUGUUAUACAUUUUCAAGGAUUGUCUUUCUUUUGGGAGGCGUUGAGAAUGAGCUCCUACGUACGCUGGUCAGUUACUGUGGUAUUUUCUUAGAGUAAAGUAAGAGUAUGUAAAAGAGACACAAGGAUCCAAUCGCUCUGACAAAGGGCUAACGCUCGAAACGUCAGCCUUUAAACUCUUUACACUGGCCAAUUUACGUUUUCAACUCAGUUGAUAACUCUAAAUUACCCUUUGAAAAAUUGCUCCUAUUUUCAGGAGUCGGCUCUCUGACCAUCACAUACCACUUUCUGAAGCAGAGGAAGCCACCUCAAAAGAAGAAAAGAGAGACAGGAAUAAUGAGGAAUGA